CUGCUCCUCGGUCCAGCGGUGUCACAGUCUUCUCUGCCUGGCACCGGCAUCUUUAGUGUGCCAGCUUGCGGAUUCACAGCCAGGUGCCCACUGCGCAUGCGCGAGAAGUGCUGCACUUUGUCUGCAGUCUCUGGUCAUCUCCUGUACCACGUCCGCACUCUCUGGUCAUCUCCUGUACCACGUCCGCACUCUCUGGUCAUCUCCUGUACCACGUCCGCACUCUCUGGUCAUCUCCUGUACCACGUCCGCACUCUCUGGUCAUCUCCUGUACCACGUCCGCACUCUCUGGUCAUCUCCUGUACCACGUCCGCACUCUCUGGUCAUCUCCUGUACCACGUCCGCACUCUCUGGUCAUCUCCUGUACCACUCCGCACUCUCUGGUCAUCUCCUGUACCACGUCCGCACUCUCUGGUCAUCUCCUGUACCACGUCCGCAGUCUCUGGUCAUCACCUGUACCGUGUCCGCAGUCUCUGGUCAUCUCCUGUACCAUGUCCGCAGUCUCUGGUCAUCUCCUGUACCGUGUCCGCAGUCUCUGGUCAUCUCCUGUACCAUGUCCCCAGCAGUCUCUGGUCAUCUCCUGUACCAUGUCCCCAGUCUCUGGUCAUCUCCUGUACCAUGUCCCAGUCUCUGGUCAUCUCCUGUACCAUGUACCCAGUGUCAUCUCCUGCCAGUCUCUGGUCAUCUCCUGUACUAUGUCUGCAGUCCAUUGGGUCA